UAAACAAUUUCUAUAUGAAAUUAACUAAAUUAAUGGGAUGAGCUUUCUUGAAAAGCAGGUGCCUUACAGUCGAGCACUUUGGCAGGACCUUAGGACAAUACAAAAGGAGUUGUCUCAACUAGCCGGUUCAACUCACCUCUAUCAACCCACUACUACUCUUCUCCGUUUCCGAGUGAGUUUUUUUUUUUUAAUUUUGUUUUUGCUCUGUCUGAAUACCUAUCAGGUUAGUUGUCAAUUCCGUACAUUUUGGUGAAGAAUAAAAGAAAAAGAAAUGAGGGAUUGUUCUGACAUGAGUCCAGGUUGAUUUCAUUUCAAUUAUUUCUUCAAUGAAUCCAAGGGAAAUUGAUAAGAUCAUUCAUAAAAAGUAAACAGGGAAAAACCCAUUUUGGUUCUUCUUGUAGAUCUUUAAAAGUUGUAGUCUCUGUUCACUCAUAUUCGUAGUUCCAAGCUUGGAUUUUCCGGGUUAGGGUUUUGAUUAGGAUUUUUCUUUGGGUAUUAAAAUGGACCAAUCUGCAAUUGGUAAUAAUUUGAAGAACAAUAAUUGUUUUGAUAAUUUGAUAGCUGCAAAAAAGUCACUAAAGCUUUGCUUAGUGAAAUCAAAAACCAUAGGAUUGGCUCUUGAAAAGGCUGGACCAAGAUUAGAGGAGAUCAACCAAAGAUUGCCUUCUUUAGAAGCUGCUGUCCGCCCAAUUCGUGCUGACAAGGAUGCUCUUGCUGCUGUUGGGGGCCACAUUAACCGAGCCGUGGGCCCUGCUGCAGCAGUGCUUAAGGUUUUUGAUGCCGUUCAUGGACUUGAGAAGUCUCUACUAUCAGAUCCUAGGAAUGAUCUUCCUGGGUAUUUAUCGGUGCUGAAACGCCUUGAAGAGGCAUUAAGGUUUCUGGGUGAUAAUUGCGGAUUGGCAAUUCAAUGGUUGGAAGAUAUAAUUGAGUAUUUGGAGGAUAACAGAGUUGCUGAUGGACGGUACUUGUUGAAUUUGAAGAAGUCACUCAAGGGCCUAAGGGUCUUGCAAAAUGAUGGGGAAAAAAUACGUCUUGAUGGUGGGCUUUUAGAUGCUGCAUUAGAUAAACUGGAAAACGAGUUCAGACGAUUAUUAAUGGAGCAUAGUCUGCCACUUCCUAUGUCAUCUCCAUCACUAGGCGAACAAGCACGCAUUGCACCAUCCCCUUUACCUGUGACCAUUAUUCAGAAGUUGCAAGCAAUUCUUGGUAGGCUGAUUGCUAAUAAUAGACUUGAGAAGUGCAUUACGAUCUAUGUUGAAGUUCGUAGUUCAAAUGUCAGAGCUAGUUUGCAGGCACUAGAUUUGGAUUAUCUUGAGAUCUCAGUCUCAGAAUUUAAUGAUGUACAGAGCAUAGAGGUGUAUAUAGGGCAGUGGGGAAAACAUUUGGAGUUUGCAGUAAAGCAUUUGUUUGAGGCAGAGUUCAAACUUUGUAAUGAUGUUUUUGAGAGGAUUGGUCUGGAUGUUUGGAUGGGAUGCUUUGCAAAAAUAGCUGCACAAGCUGGUAUUCUUGCUUUUCUUCAGUUUGGGAAGACUGUUACAGAAAGUAAGAAAGAUCCUAUUAAGCUUCUGAAGUUAUUGGAUAUAUUUGCAUCUUUGAACAAAUUGAGAGUGGAUUUCAACCGGCUCUUUGGGGGAGCAGCUUGUAUUGAGAUCCAAAACCUGACAAGAGAUCUCAUCAGGAGGGUGAUUGAUGGUGCUGCUGAAAUUUUCUGGGAACUCUUUGUUCAGGUGGAAUUACAGAGGCAGAGUUUGCCUCCUCAGGAUGGGACUAUACCAAGAUUGGUGAGUUUUAUAACUGAUUACUGUAAUAAACUUCUUAGUGAUGAUUAUAAACCAAUCCUGACCCAAGUUCUGGUCAUUCACCGAAGUUGGAAGCAUGAAAAAUUCCAAGAGAGGAUUCUUGUCAAUGAGGUUUUGAAAAUAAUUAAGGCUGUUGAUUUAAAUUUGGAAACAUGGGUGAAGGCAUAUGAUGAUGCUACCCUGUCCUGUCUUUUUGCCAUGAACAAUCACUGGCAUCUAUACCAACACUUAAAGGGGACAACACUUGGAGAGCUCAUGGGUGAUUCUUGGUUGAGAGAACAUGAACAGUACAAGGAGUAUUAUUCCACUGUCUUCUUAAGGGAGAGCUGGGGAAAACUCCCUGCUUAUUUAAGCCGGGAAGGUUUAAUUCUAUUCUCAGGUGGUCGUGGCACUGCUCGUGAUCUUGUAAAGAAAAGGCUGAAGACUUUUAAUGAAGCUUUUGAUAAGAUGUAUAAGAAGCAAACGGGUUGGGUUAUAUCAGAAAGAGAUUUGAGGGAGAAGACAUGCCAACAAAUAGUGCAGACCAUGCUGCCUGUCUAUCGAAGCUUUAUGCAAAAUUAUGGGCCAUUGGUAGAGCAAGAUGCAAGUUCCAGUAAGUAUGCAAAGUACACAGUGCAGGGGUUGGAGCAAAUGCUCCUUUCUCUUUUUCUGCCAAGGCGGGAAAGGUAUGGCAGCUUUAAAGGCAGGCCAACCAGCAGCAAAUUUGAGAAUGGGGUAGAUCUUCGCCGGACUGCAUCUGCAGUUGUGUGAUUGUCAAUCAUUUUAUUUUAUCGUGGUUAACCUUAGAGGAAAAUGUUGUACAUUUUCCCUUUUUAGAGGGUUAAUCUUUUAACUCGUACAUAUUCUGAGGGGCGUAGAACUAUUCCCAGUCGUAUCUUGUUCUUUGCCCUUGGAUAGCAGUUCCUCUAGACUAUCAUUUCAUUAUUCAAGUCAAGGAUCAAAUUUUAGGAGUUGCCAGAAUUUGAUGAGAAGCGUAUUGCUCGCUUUGUUAACUGCAAAGCAAAUGGAGGGUCCUGGACUUAAGAAUCAAGGAGUAUGUUGGGUUGGUAGAUAAGGUAUAGCUUUUUCACUUUUACUUUCAUAUUCACUCAUUGAUUCAGGUGCUAGCUAGUUGGCAUUAAAGCUUGUAAUUUGCUAUAUUUCAUGUACAAUUUUUUGACUUAAAGUGAAACUAGAGGUCUAGCUGUGAUUAAUUUGUUUUGUCAUUCAAUUUUCCCAAAAGAAUCGACUUUAAUGAGAUGCUUAUUAUUUGUGUUAGGAUGUUCAUUUUCAUGAAAUUAGUUGUUGGAUUAAAUAUUAGGUUCUUAUGAAGUUCCAAAAGCAGAAAAUGUCAGUGAUUGUCACUCUUUUUUGAAUUUCGGAUUAUUUAGCUCAGCCUUGGACUGAAUCCUUAUUAGUAGAUAAUUAAAGUAUUCUUAAUUAUUAUUAUUAUUUUUAUAAAGCUUGGCCUCAAAAAUAAUUAAUGUAGAGGGGUGAUAAAAAGAAAAAUAAAGAGAAACUAGUUUAAUACCCGAUGUAGUUUGGACUUUGGAGCGGUGGUUUCUUCCACGGAAAUAUCAGAGUUGGUUAGACCUAAUCAGCAAUGGCCAGGGUAACAGGCUUGCAGGCUGGCGUCUGUCAACAUCUUCCACUUGAAGGUCUAAGAAAUAUUUUGAUGCUUUGGCACCAAAUUGAACGUAGCUUCAUGUAAAGAGCAGCCUGUUUAUUUCUUAACGAGAUUCUGACAAAAUCAAAAUCAACAACAAAGCUUUCACAGAGCGUAUGCUUUCCUUAUCCUUAUCCCAUUGCGGCAUCAAAUUAAUUAAACUAAUUUAGUUUAAUAUUGUUGUUGGGAUUGAAAAUAAAAAU